AUGACCGCCGAGUACUCUGAAACUAACGAUUCUCAGGCGCCGCUUCAGAAGACCGGAAUGUUGACUCCGAUCUGGCAGAUGGACGUGUUUCUCGUCGAGGCGAUUGUGCUCAUUCCCGUCUAUGCAUGCAUUCUUUUGGAUUUUGUCAUGUCGCGCAGAAAGCACAAAUGUUUUCAAAGUCCCUAUUAUACUUUGAUGGUUUCGCAGGUGAGCCUACGAGAAUUCGUUCGAGUUUGAGAGAGAGAAAAAAAAAAGAGUUUUCUGAUCAGACACAAUAAGUCAGAGACUAAAAUGAGAGCGUCGCCGAAAACAAGUAGUCGUUUGACGUCAUUAUUAUGCCAAACCACAGAGCUCCUUUUUGGCAUACUAGAAAAAUGAGGAAAUUCGAAAUGAAACUCUACUUUUCUCAUGCUUACAUUUUGCAAUUAUGGCUUCCAGGGUCUCGCCGACAUCUCCACAGUUCUCAUAUUCUCGUGUCUCAUUUCUGGACGGUACUUCCGAAUUGGCAACUACUUUCUUUACAACAAUCAACCGUACACAAUUGUGUUCUUUUGCAAUAGCGGACCUUUCAUGUUCACUUUACGGGCAGUCGGCGUGUUUCUGAUAUCCGGACAGAGAUAUUUGACAGUUUGCAAAUCGCAUGGAUAUCUGAAUUAUGUGCGUUUGAAUUCGACAGUAAAGUAGUUUAGGCUCAACUCUUUUGGAUCAUACAACAUUCCAACUUACCCCGAAAGCAUUCCCUAACCCAACUUCUGUUCAGAAGCUCAACCAGACGCACCCGUUGCUCAUAGGCCUCCUCCACUGGCUCAUCGCCUUCCUCAUCUACCUCCCGGCGCUUCUCAACACGGACGCCUACUUCGAGAACGAGAUCACUCUGCUCACAAUCGCCAGUCAAGCCCAUCUCCAGUACACUUCGCUAACCGUAAUGACGACGUUUUUCGUCGCCUGCGUUUCGAUCAUUUUUAUGUACUCUCAAAUCGCUAUCGUGAUGGUUCGCGCGCGGAAAGUAACCGACGGAUAUAUUGUCGAGUAAGUUGAUUUUGAUGGUAAAACGGUGAAAUAUAGCAUUUUUCCGAAGGCAAGCAGUGUUGUCGAAACGUCUCCAGGACGCGCGCCUCACUUUCUCCGUCUUCAUUCUCGUCAUUUUCUGUUUCAUCGCUUUCUUCUUCUACAUUGGCGAAUACAUUUUGGCGUUUGAUGAAGAUGUACGGUUUUUCUUAAGAUAUAUUCUGAAAACGUUUCGUAAUUUCCAGCGCACACGUGUCCGCGCAUUCCGUCUCUAUUACCCCACCGUUUCGGGUAAUUUGUCGUUCAUCAAUCCGAUCAUGCUGCUGACAAUGAACCGUGACGUUCAGAGCCGAUUACUGUGCUUCUCGAAUUGUUCAUCAAGGGUAAUACUAACAAAAAAUCUGAAAAAAAUCUUUAAAAACCUUAUUUCAGUCGUUGCCGAGUUCGGUGGCCACGCGCAACGGAAAAUCGACAACUGGCCCGACGAAUCGAUAA